CGCAAAGCUUAUAUAUAUAGAGAGUUAAGGUCUUGUUUUAUCUUACUCACAUACUCAGCAUCAACUUCAUUGGUCUUCCUAAAGUUUUCUUUUUGGAUUAUCUUUCUAAUUUCCUCUCCGUCUUCUAUUGAUAAUGGCAACAACAGCAAGAAUCUUAUGCUUCGUGCUUGUGAUGGUUCUAAUGGGAUGUUGUUGCUCGGCAAAAAUUUACCAAGUCGGAGACUCAGAGGGAUGGAGAGCGAAGGGCGGCACCUAUUACGCUUGGGCUAGGCGUAAGGAAUUCCAGGUGGGGGAUUCUCUGCUCUUUGAAUACGAUGGCAACGUCAACGACGUCACUCGAGUUUCCAGUGCUUUGGAAUACCAAUUCUGCAACUCUGCUUCUCCUCAAGCUGUCUACAAAACGGGCCACGAUCUCGUGACUCUCACGGAACCAGGUUAUCACUUCUUCAUCAACUCAAAUCAUUCUCAAUGCGUAGCCGGACAGAAGCUCGUCGUUUUUGUCGUCCAAUACCAUCAGAUUCCUCCACCACCACCGAGAAAGAUCCUUCCGUUCGCAAAAGACUUCAAGGUCGGUGACUCCCAAGAAUGGAGGGUUCCUGACGAAAGUGACUUCUAUGCCAAGUGGAGUGAGCAGAAACAGUUUCACGUGGGAGACAAUCUUCUUUUCUACUACAACUACGAAGUCGACGACGUCUUAGAAGUCAGCGGUGAUCUUGAGUUCAAAUCUUGCGACACUUCUUCUCCUGUUGCCGUGCACUAUUCGGGACAAGACCUCGUAAGGCUAACAAAACCAGGAAUCCACUAUUUCAUAACCUCGAGGACUGGUCAUUGUGAGGAUGGGCUUAAGCUUCGAGUGUUGGUGCGACCACUAACCAGAGGUGGUCCGAAGAAGAUGCAGUUGUCACCUUUGGACCGCCUCAUCAAGUGGCUACAGUCCUUCAGACCCCAACCCCAUCACUAAAGCCCUGUUCGUUUGGUUGCCGCAGGUUUCGGCGGCGGCGGCAGCGUCUGCGUCAGCGGCAGCGGCAGCGUCAAUGAGGACAGUUGUUGUUCGUUUCGCAGACGCUGACGCUGCCGCUGCCGCAGACGCUGCCGCCGAUUAUUGUUCGUUUAGAAGACGCAGGAAGUUGAAGUCGACGCCGACGCUGCCGCAAGAAGCAGAUUUUUGGGUUGUUCGUUUGAGAGACGCUGCGGCUAUUUUCAUUUUUUCAGAUUUAUUUUAAAUUUUUUGUAAAAUUGUAUUUAAAUAAAUCAAAUGUAGUUUAAAUAUAUUUACAUCCAUUAAAAUAUUAUGUUUACUUGGUAAUAAUUUUUUGGUCAAUUAUACAAAUGUAAAUUAUACAAAUGUAAUAAUUUUUUUUCAUACAUCAUAAGCUAAAUUAGAAACAAAAUAAUACUUCAAAAUAUUUAUCAUAAACGAAAGCUAAAUAUUACAUCAAGUCUUAAAUAAAUAUCACAUUUAAAUGACAAUCAAAGUUAUAAGCAAAAAAAAAAAAAUUAAAUCAUCAACUAAAACAGUGGUAGAGAGUGAGCUUGAGAGGUUCUGAG